CGAGGCUGAGAGACAUAAUUGUGAAAUAAAGCAACUCCACUGCCCCGACUUCUCUCAAUCUUGAAGUCCCCUGCCAUCCUGUUUGAUCAAGGACCUGACGCAGAUGAAACCUUCAAUGCGCGAAAUCCACAUUAAAGCCUUCGUUACACCAAUUUUGCUUUUCUCAUGUCUUUCACCCUUGCUAUCUCCUGUGUUCUCCCUGCCCCUCAGUUCGACAGAACUACCAACGCUUCUCCCUCCCGUUACCGCCAACAAAACCAUACUCUGCGCUCCUAUCCAAACGGAUGCGCCAGAGCCGCCUCUCAAUGUUCCACUACCAUCGAAGGUAGAGGCUGCCACCUCCCAAAUUAACGGUAUGAGUAUUUUUUGGAUUAUAAUGCCCUUGUCCAUGGCAUGUAUGACCCAUCCGAUCGGUUCAGCCUUUGGACUCGAGCCCGCCUAUCGCCAUCGAAUUCGGAUUGGACCGCUCAUAUCGCUAUUUGACACUUUACUCCUACUAUACGAGAUACUCGACCACUGCAGAAAUACAGGAGAUGUCAUCAGCGCAAUCUGCCGUAUUCCCAAUUCUACCCAAAAGGUGGUAGAAAUGCGUCAUCGUACGAGAAGGGACCACAACGACUGCGACCCACAGGGCGGUCCGUGGACUGUGACCUUACUCGGCCGCUUUGAGACCUGUCUCUAUAACACUCCAAUCAGGCACCUGCUCUCCGUUGUGUUGAUAUUGCAGUAUGUGAAGCUUUGUGGCUUCCAUGGCAUUCCAAUGUCUUUCUCUCUGGGGACUGGAUAUUUCGCUUCAUGGAUUAUCAUGGAAAUGAUCCUGCUAAUCGGUGAGGGCCUCGGUGGGGGCCGUGCUACGACGGAGCCCCGCCAGAGGGUCCCUCUGGGGUCAUCUCAGAGCGAGACGCCGACUAUUCUAAAAUCAGUCGGAAGAGCUGUAUUUUUGCUUCAGAGCAUCACGAUCCUCACCGGGGUGUACAAGUUGCUCUGGAAAACGCAGAAUGACUUCAAGCUUCUGCCAAGGGACGGAGAAACGGUCCCAAGUUUCAUUCUCCGCCUCGCCGCAUUUUUGACCAUUUCGUCAUCGCUCAUGUACUGGGCCGACAGCAUGCCCCUGUUCAUCGGGAUCUCCCUCAUGUCUGGACUCCAGGCCCCGGGCCACAAAGGUGCGACUGGGGUCUCCAAUUUUAUCGGUCUCCUCAUGGCCAUCAUGUACGUUACCAUUACCACCACUGUGUUCUACAGCGGUUGGGUUUUCGGAGCAGCUCACCUUCCAUUCGUAUCUUAUAUCGCGUUUGUCUAUGCAUCUCGUUUGCUCUGGAAAGGGGAGGGGUGGGAGGGGUGUCUGUCUAUGGCGCGGCUCGAGCCUGUGCUAAUUUUUGGCAGUUCGGCUUUUACGUAUGCCGGAGGAUUGCUCUUCUUUUAUUUCUUCGUUUUCAACCCGGAGGGGACGUGGAGGGCGGCUUGGACGGAAAGUUUGCCGUGA